GUAAUGACGCAGGUGCCUCACCACUAAAUAGCGUGUGACCCCUCACCGCGUGCCCUCACCGGCACAAUGCCGUUCGCAAACUGACCUCCUCAACGCUGGUAAACAACCAUGGGUGCUCUUGUGACGCCAGAGUAUGUGAAUCAAUUAGCAAAUGCCUUACAAGCCAGCGGCGCGGAGAAAGCGCUUGCAUUUGCUUUGGCUGCUUGCUCUCUCCCAGAAGGAUAUACAUCAAUAGCUAAAGAGGAUGGCUCGGUAGAGUUUGUCGGUCCGGAUGGCCCCGGCCCCGACCACCCGUUGCUCGCGAAUGCAGUAGCAGCGCUUGAACGCCUUCGCGCCGACGCGGCUGGGCCAGGCCCGGGCAAGUACUUGGGUCCGUUUGAGGACUUCGACUCGCCCGGCACGGAGUUCUUCUACGUGGACGUGGGCAGCGGCGAGCGACUGGCGGAGGCUGAGGUGCCGCCCCCCGGCAUCAUCCCCCAGCUGGCUGAGCAGCUGCAGCAGGUGCUGCUGACGGGCGCAGCGCCCAGCGAAGCAGGUUCGGACUCAGGUCCGACGCUGGAGGCGGAGGCGGAGGCGGAGGCGGAGGCGGAGGCGGAGGCGGAGGCGGAGGCGGAGGCGGAGGCGGAGGCGGAGGCGGAGGCGGAGGCGGAGGCGGAGGCGGAGGCGGAGGCGGAGGCGGAGGCGCAGGCGGAGGCGGAGGCGGAGGCGGAGGCGCAGGCGCAGGCGGAGGCGGAGGCGGAGGCGGGGAUGGACGCCACACGCGCAGGCCAGGAUGCAAGCGAGGGGGUGGCGGCGGGCCUUGGCUCGGAAGCCGUGUCACGGGCGGCAUCGCAGCGGUCUGCCGGCGCGGGUGCAGGGCCAGGAGGUGUGCCUGAGCCGCCCGCAUCGGCGGGGCCGGCGUCUCGCUCCGUCUCACAGCGUAGCGGCUCGGGUCUGGCGCCGGGCGACGAGCCUUCAGGGGAAGUGCGAGUCGCGGCCUCAGCAGCGGGCUCGCAGGCGGCCUCCCGGUCUGCAUCAGCGCGUGCGCCAAGCGAGGUCGCUCCAGCCUCAGGGGGCCCAGCAUCAGCCGUGGGCUCGGCGGCUGUGUCGCGAGCUGCCUCGCAGCAGCGCUCCGACGCGGGAGCUGCAGCCGGUCCCGCCUCCCGCAGCACCUCCCAGCGCAGCGCCGGCGCUGCCGCCGCCGCUGCCGAUACGGCAUCCCAGCCCGCGUCCCGACCCGCGUCGCAGCCCGCGUCGCAACCGGCGUCGCAAGCCGCAUCACAGGCCGCAUCGCGCAAUGCCUCUAUACGGGAGCCGCACUUGAAUGGCAGCACCGGGUUGCGCAGCCAGCAGUCGCAGGGUGCCGGCUCCACCGCCGGCUCCGCCUCUGAAGCCGGCGGCGGUGCCACCACCGCGGCCGCCACCGCCGCUGCCAGUGAGCCGGGCGACUCACCCGCCGCCGGCUAUCCUACGACGGAGGCGGCGCCGCCGCCACAGAUGCCGCCGGUUGGUCGAACGGUUUCGUACGCGGGCAUCAAGGUGUCUAUGUUCGCGGCCGCCGCCGGCGAGGACGGCGGCGGCACAAGCGCGCGCGGCGGGCGGCUGACGACCGACAACAGCCGACAGCUGAGCACGGUCCUCAGCACCAGGAGCGCUGGCCUCGGCGCGGGCCCCAGUCGCGCGCUCAGCACGGCGGUCAGCAGCAAGAGCCUGGGUCUGGGCGCCGACCCUAGCCGCGGGGCGUUGAGUCGGGCCAUGAGCUCCAAGAGCGUGGGCAACACCGCGGAGCAGCAGGCGGCGCUGGUCGGGGGCGUCGGCAUGAAGCCGCCCGUGCCGCCGCCGGGUGGCAAGCUGACGUUCUUUGGCUGGUGGUUCGAGGACGUGGAGUCCACCGACCUGACCUUCCGAGUGGACUCGAAGAGCCAGGCCGGCGGCGGGCUGGCGGCGCGACACUGCCGCCUGGUGUUCGACUUCAACAGCCAGAGCUACACCUUCACCAUGAAGGACCCCGUCAGCCCCGCACCGCCCGGCACCGCCGCGCCCAACCACGUGCCCGAGCUCACCGUUCGCGCCAUCCAGCCCGACCAGGUGCUGCUGCCAGAGAGCGGGCGGCAGGCGGCGGUGUGGGACCUGCACCUGGGCUCGCGGCUGCGGGUGCUGGGGCGCGUGGUCACCCUCAAGAACGCCGAGCUGGCCACCAUUGAGUGGCACGACCGGUACUGCCGCAAGAUGGCGGCCAUACGAGACGCCAUCGCGCAGGAGAUCCAGAAGUACCGGCCGCGCGCGCUGCGGCCGGGGCUGCUGAAGGACCGCGGCGCGCCCCAGCUGGGCGGUCAGCGGCUGCGGCACCUGGCGGGGCAGGUGCGCGAGCUCAUCAACGACCUGCGCCAGUACCGCCCGUCACGAGCGGACAACUACCUGGAAAACAUGCCCAUCGUGUUCGUGGAUGCACCACCCGCCGACGCCGCCACCAACAAGCUCGUGGCGCUGCUGUACGGACUGCGCAGCACGCAAGACGGAGACGAGUAGAGCGGAGGAGGGGAGCGGAGUUUUCUUUUGGGGGGGGUGCAGCUGUGAGAGCGGCGCGUGUGCAUGUGGGCGGCGCGGGGUGCGGGAUGUACGGGAUGUACGUAAAGGAGUGUUGGGGCUUGUCGCAGCGGGGCGGCAGCCGGAGGAUGAUGGACGCAGGGGUGGGGUUGCGUAUGGGGCGUCAGGGGUGCAGGAGGCGACGCAUGCGAAUGCAUACUUAAGGUGGUAGGGAUGGCAGGCGUGUUAUGAAGGGGCGGCAGCUUGGGCGGCAGAUGUGAUGGCGCGGUGGCAAUGACCAAGGUGGUGAUGCGGGCGGCGUAUUCAUCGUUUUGUUUUGGCUUCCAGUCUCUGUGGCUCACAAACUGAAGUAUCGUAAUGCUCAAGUCAGGUUUGGGUUGUGCGGCAUUGUUUGUACCGGUUCUUGCGGGCUCUUGCAGCUCAGAGGUCGGAAGGACACGGCCGGUGGGCUGCGUCAAGCAAUGUGUCACGCACGGUAUGGGUGCGAUAGACCUUCGGCCUCAAACGGCGAGAUGUGAUGUGAGCUCAGGCACUCAGACCACUUUGUAGGUAACUCAGCUGCGUGCUGUGUGGGUACUGUGGCUAUUGGCAGGAGGCGGGUUGGCAGGUUGGCAGGAGGCGGGGUCAGGUCGGUUGACGUGGAGGACUGCCCAAUGCCAGCCCAUGCAUGCAACACUCCCAAAUUUCCAGC